AUGAGACAAGAAAAAUUAACUUUUUUCAAGAAGUCAUUGCAACAACAACAAUGUGUUAUUUCAGUGGCAGUAUCACAAGAUGCAGCUGUCACAACUGCAUCAUACGAAAUUUGUUACAUACUCGGUAAGCAUAUGAAACCAUUUACUGACGCCGAAAUUCUUUCUGAUUCUACCUGUAUUAGGCGUAUAGAAAAUAUUGCAAAACAUAUUUAUAACCGCAUCAUCGAAGACUUAAAAAAUUGUAAAUUUUUUAGCUUAGCUUUUGAUUCUAGCACUGAUAUUGUAGCCACAUCACAAUGUUCUAUUUUUGUUAGAUAUUGUACUGAACAUAAUUCUAUUAAUGAAGACUUUUUGAAAUUCAUUCCAAUGAAAAAUCAAACUAGAGGCGUCGAUUAUCUUGAUGUGAUAACUAAUUUUUUUGACGACAAUGAUAUUGAUAUUGAAAAAUUGGUUUGUGUGUGCACCGAUGGAUGUCCAUCGAUGACCGGGUGUGAAAAGGGAUUUAUUUCUCUGUUGAAAAAAAAAUAUAAUUUAACAAAUAUCUUGUCAUUUCAUUGUAUUAUUCACCAAGAAAACUUGGCAGCACGCGUCUCUAUUCCAGAAGUAGAUUUAGUGAUGAAAAACAUAAUAAAAAUAGUUAAUUAUAUUCGAGCAAAUGAACUCAAUCACAGAAAAUUUAAAAGUCUUUUAGAAGAAAUGAACAGUAAUUAUAGUGACGUUCUUUUACAUACUUCGGUGCGUUGGCUAAGUAGAGGAAAAGUUCUUGAAAGGUUUUUUACCUUACGAUUAGAAAUUACUGCAUUUUUACGACAAAAUGAUAAAUUUGAUAAAUUUGAUGGACUUGAAAACAAUAAUUGGUGGUGCCUUUUAGCUUAUAUGUGUGAUAUCACAGAAAAACUUAAUGAGCUCAACCGCGGUUUACAGGCUGCCUUAUUCAAAGAAUUUAAAAGAAGAUUUCAGGAUUUAAGAGCUGUAAAGAAUUGCUUUUUACUUAUAGAAAAUCCUCGGCACUUAGAAGUAACGAGUAUAACACAAUUAGUUGCAUUGAUUGUAUCUGAAUAUUCAAAAGUGUUUGAUGAAUUUAUUGAAUUAAAAAAUGAUACAAAUCUCGAAGCUAUUUUCAAAGAGAAGAGAGAACAAAAAGAAUACAUAGAAUUUUGGAAUUUAGUGCCAGGAAAAUACAAAACCCUACAAAAAUGUGCCCACUUUUUGAUGACAAUGUUCACAUCAACAUAUCUAUGUGAAACUUCAUAUUCAAAAAUGAAAUAUGCAAAGAAUGUGUACAGAAAUCGGCUUACUGACUCACAUCUUGACGACUUGUUAAGAGUAGCAUGCAGCAACUACAAACCAGAUAUGUCCAAAAUAGUGAAAAAACUAUCUCAAUUUCAAAAUUCACACUAA